AUGAAUGGACCACAUAUUACAAAGUCAACCCAACAUUGUUUUGCUAACAACUACGAGCACAAUACACUACAACGAAUUCCACAUUAUCAGCACCGUACCCAUCAUCGUAAACGUAACGCUCCUACGACGACAUCAGCAUUAUCUCAGGAUGGUGACAGCAGCAGCAGCAGCAGCACACAGCAGCAUGACACCAAUGAUGACGUGAAUCAACAGCAACACGCUUCAGAUGAUGUCUCUGUCGAUCUCCCCACACCACCACCUUCACCUGUGGGUGCGCCUCAGCAUUUAUCACCAUCGUUUUCUCGAUCAUCAGAAUACAAUGCGAGAAUCCUGGCAGCUAAACGCAGCGGAAAUUUGCGGGCUGUAAUGAUUCAGCUUGGCUCAAUGAAAAAGCAACGCAUCCCUCUCACACAUCACACAUACAAUGUUGUCCUUGAUGCACAAGCAACUCUUCGACGUGAAGGCACACCAUUGAACCAAAUUUUGAAGCUGUAUGAUGAAAUGCGACAAAGUGAGAUUACACCGACAAACUACACAUACACAGUGUUGAUUCGAGUGCUAUGUCGACGAGAUGUUGAGGUGCAAAAAACAAUUGCCAUGUUGAAACGACAAGCAGCACGUACAGGGGUUGCUCGAGUGGUUGAUGAAGAUGUGCGAUUACUUGAAACGGAGCAUAAUUUGGAAAAGGCUUUGGCCAUAUUCCGAGAAGCCGCGGAGCACCACGUGGAUCAAGAUUUUGAUGUCGAACUCUAUAAUCAGCUCCUGCGUGUGCUUUCACAUUAUGGGAAUACGGUGGAUGGUCGAUUCGUCUACAAUCAAUUGGUGCAUUCACCUACCACAGGUCCCAAUUCGGCCACAUUUGCUGCACUUAUCAAUCUCAUGGGUCGGGCUGGUGAUAUUGAAUCUGCACUUGGAUUCUUUGGCGAGUACAAGACCAUUCGCUUCAGUCUUCCAGAACAUGAUGCAUCCUAUGUUUAUAACGCCUUGGUUGAUGCCUAUCUAAAGUGCAAUCAGCUGUCAAAAGCAUUGCAAGUGCUGCAACAUGAUAUGGUUGCCGACAACAUCACCAUUACCAUUAUCCCGUACAAUUCCAUCAUUCGCCAUUAUUGUGCACACGAUCAUGUGGAGGAUGCAUGCGAGGUCGUUCGUAGCCUUGUGGAAAGCAAUGAUGAUGAGCACACCACGCUCCCUAAACCAGAUGCCAGCAGCUAUGGUCCGAUCCUUGCGGCAUAUUGUCAAGCCGCAAAAUGGCAGCCAGCGUCAAAAGUCUAUGCUCAACUUCUUACCACUGACAUUGCCAAAGCGUAUGGAAAUCUCGCCAACUAUGCAUUGUUGUGCCUCAAUUCUGGCCAUGGAGACGAUGCUCUCAACGUCGUCGACGACAUGAGACAUGCUGGUCUUGAACCCGAUCCCAUUCUCGCCGAUCGCAUCAUAUCUUUUUUCACCAACAACAGCAAUGUCGACAAGGCCAUUCAUGCAUUUCAUAUUGUUUUAUCAGCCAUGUCAUCUCCUCGUACGCUUUCCAAAUCAGCCGACAUGUUGGUCAAUUCCAGUAUCGCUGUAAUCCAGCAAAGUGAUCACGUGAUUCAGGCACUGCAAAUGGCACGUCUUGUUCAUGGAAUGCUUCACGAAUUAUCGUUAUCGGCACCUGCAACAGUCAACGUUAAUACGGCACUUGUGGAUACCUGGCAACGCUUACGUCAACGCACAUCGUCGACAACCGUAUUGGAUGAUGACACCAACAAUGACGACUUGAUCAUGUUAUGCGAAGCGGUCAUUGAACACCAUUUUGACGACAACAAUGAACAACAACAGCAGGCAUUGGAGGCGCUCGUGUAUGAUGUAGCAACCACUCGUUUUCGACCCCCUAUGCCGCUAUUCAAAAAGGUCCUUGGAAGGCUGCGUCAUCUUGGCUUAAAGACAUCUGAAAGCGAAUGGAAGGCUGUUCUCAAUAGACAUACCAAGCUAUCCAACGAGGUGGAUACCAUGUCAAUGGAACUCUCGCGUGCAGCAGCUCGUGGUGAUUGGGAUGAAGCCUUCCAUCUUCUCAAACAUAAAUUCAUCAAGAGUGGAUUGACACCAACGGCUGAGUCUAUGCGUGAUGCGAUUACUGCUGCAGGCAAGCAUGGCAAUGUUGAUAUGGCAACCAAGAUUUACGAGUUGUACAAUGGUGACAAUCGAGUUGCUAACAAGGCCAAUGGUCAAGAAGACAUCUAUUUGGUGUUGAAUGCAUUAUUGAUUGUGUAUGCGCAACAUGGCAAAAUGGUGCUUGCCAAGAAAUGCUAUGAUACCAUCAAGACCAUGGGAUACGUGCCUGAUAGCAACGCCUACGCAUCACUCUUAUUGGGUAGUGCACGGUGCGCCACGGAUGAAGCCACGGAUGCAUUGACAAUUUACGAAGAAGCCAAGCGACAUGGUGUGCAGCCCACGACAUUCUUUUACAAUGUGAUUAUCAGCAAGUUUGCCAAGGCACGCAAAUUGGAACCAGCAUUGCGAUUAUUUGAGGAGAUGCAGGAACUCCAAGUUGUACCCAAUUGCAUCACCUAUGGUGCCGUGUUGUCAGCAUGUGUACGUGCAGGAUCCGAGAGCCACGCAAGACGUAUAUUUGGUGAGAUGUUGUCAGCACCCUCCUAUCAACCACGCGUUGGUCCUUUCAACAACAUGAUUCAGUUCUAUGUACGUCAACAACCCAAUCGCACCAGGGCACUCGAAUACGUAUCAGAAAUGUACAAGCGCCGUAUACGACCCUCCGCUCACACUUAUAAGUUGAUGAUUGAGAUGUACGCAAACAUUACCCCUACGGAUAUGGUGACAGCCCAUCGCAUGCUUACUGAAAUGGAACGUCGCCAUGGUAUUCGACCCGAACCAACGCAUUAUGCAACGUUGAUCUACUCGUAUGGCAUUCUACAACGUGAUGUUCGCAGUGCUGAGCAAGUAUUUGAGACCAUGCAUGUUCAACCAGACGAGGUUGUCUUUCAGGCCCUUCUCGAUACACUUAUCACCAAUGGCCACAUGGAUCGUGCGGAGAAUCUUUACUAUCAUAUGCUGCAAACCAUCCACAAGAGCCCUUCGCCCUAUAUUGAGAAUCUCUUUAUUCGUGGUUAUGGUCAACAGGGCAACCUUGCCAAGGCAGAGCAUAUCUUCUCUACAAUGACAGACGACAAACUAUUACGCUCAUCCUCAUCAUUCUCAACCACAACAAGCUCUUCAUCGAAUGAUCAUCAACCUCCUAUGGCUGUUGUCGUACGUGAACCAAGUACCUAUGAGACCAUGGUGCGUGCUUACAUCGAUAAUGGGAGAAUCGACAAGGCCAAGGAGAUUCUGGAUAUGAUGGCCAAGCGAGAUUUCCCUUCCAAGGUUCUUGCCACUGUUGCUGAUCUCGUCCUCGAGUGA